AUCCUCCCGGAGGAUUGCUGCUUGGUUGUUGCAUUUGUGGUUGUAUAGUGCUUUCUAAUUCUUCUCUUGUAUCUCUCCUGCUCCGAAACGAGGCUGUUCGCCCCCUCUCCGCCCACUUAUCAACAAUCGGCUUACGGCUUGUGCUGGUUGGAAGCCUUCACCACACAAUAGAAGAUACCCCCUGCAUAUCUAGAAUGCCUCACACCGAGUUCAUCCCCGCCAUGCAGACCGCUGUCUCCAAAACCCCCUCGGGAGUCCCCCCCACCUACGAGGAGAUCGGCUCCCUCCUCCACACCAUCUUCAAUGCAGAGACCUCCCAGCAGUCCCUCGAUGCCUCCUACGCCCUCACCAAUCUGCUCAUCCAGAGCGUUGGUGUCGCCGGCUUCACACACUACAACAUCCUGCCCCAGGUCCAGAAGGCCGCCGCCGAUAAGAAGAAUGGCGCGCUCCGCGAAAGUGCCAUGCUGAUCCUCGGCGCCAUGUUCGAACGCUUCCCCCGCCAACACCCGCUCAGCGAAGUCGUCUUCCUGCUCCAGGACGGUGGUCUCCUGCAUCUCGCGCUCGAUCUCCUGGCUGACAAGGGUGCCGUCGUCCGCGAUGCUGCGCAGUAUGCCAUCGACGCUCUCUUCGGCGGCUUGAAGGCCGAGUCUCUCGCCAACGCCAUGCUUCCCGCCCUCUCCGCUUAUCUGAACCGCAGCACCGCCAAGUGGCAGGGCUUCGUGGGCGCCUACUCGCUGCUGGAGAAGAUGGCCGUCAAGGCGCAGAUGGGUGCUGGCUCACACGAGGAGGAGCGCGAAAAGGAUCUCCUGCGCGAGGCCAUGGGCAAGACCCUGAAGGAUCUGAUCCCUCUGGUCGAGUCCGGCAUGCACGACCUGAAGAACGAAGUGGCCAAGCAGGCGACCAAGACCAUGAACGCCAUCACCACUCUGCUGUCCAACGACGACGUCGCCCCCCGCAUCCCCCUCCUGAUCAAGACCAUGGAGCAGCCUUCGGAGCAGACCCUCCAGAAGGCGAUCCACGCCCUGUCCCAGACCACCUUCGUCGCCAUUGUCACCUCCCCCGUUCUCGCCCUGCUGACUCCCCUUCUCGAGCGCUCGCUGAACGCCCCCACCACGCCUCAGGAGACCCUCCGCCAGACCGUGGUCGUGGUGGAGAACUUGACCAAGCUGGUCCACGACCCCGCUGAGGCGCGGACCUUCUUGCCCAAGCUGAAACCUGGUGUGCAGCGCGUCAAGGAUCGGGCCUCCCUGCCGGAGGUGCGUGAGCUCGCCACCCGCGCCCUGGACGUCAUCGAGAAGGCGAUGACCGACAAGGAUGUCGCGGCUGGUGUGGUAGCCAAGAUCACCCCCGACGAGGUCCGGACCGUGUUGGAGGCCCAGAUCCACGCGCAAGGCGGCCUGGUGCACCCCGAGCUGGUGACCCUGUUCGAACUCGCCAAGAACUACAUCUCCGAGAUGGUUCGCGAAGACGUCAACUGCCGCAUGCUGGACCGUAUCCCCGCCUGCGUCGGUCCUUACCUGCGCGGUCUGCUGGCGGAUGACAAGCACGACGCAGUGGCGGCCGCUCUCGAGGCCCACUUCAUUGAGGAGGAUCACCGCAAGUAUGGCCGUCCCGAGCCCGAUGACCCUAACGAGGUUGAGAUUGUCAAUGCCAACUUCUCUCUCGCUUAUGGUGGGAUGUUGCUGCUGUCGCACACCAACCUCCGUCUGCUCAAGGGCCACCGGUAUGGUCUGUGUGGUCGCAACGGUGCGGGCAAGUCCACCCUCAUGCGCAGUAUUGCCAAUGAAAAGCUGGAGGGUUUCCCUCCGCAGGAUGUUGUCCGCACGUGCUUCGUCGAGCACAAUCAGGGUGAGGAUGCUGAUCUGAGCAUCUACGAGUUCGUGGUCAAGGACCCGAAGAUCGCCGCGGAGGGUGAGGCGCACGUCCGCAGCGUCCUGUUGGAGUUCGGCUUCACAGAUGGCCCCGAUGGUCGUCAGAACCAGCGCGUCGGAUCCCUUUCCGGUGGUUGGAAGAUGAAGCUGGCUUUGGCUCGUGCCAUGCUGCUCAAGGCGGAUGUUCUCUUGCUGGACGAACCUACUAACCACUUGGACGUUGCCAACGUCAAGUGGCUGCAGGAGUACCUCAAGGCACACACCGAGAUCACCAGCUUGAUCGUGUCCCACGACUCGGGUUUCCUCGAUGAGGUCUGUACCGACAUUUACCACUACGAGCAGAAGAAGCUGGUUUGCUACAAGGGUAACCUGGCCGACUUUGUGAAGGUCAAGCCCGAGGCCAAGAGUUACUACACCCUGUCCGCCAGCAACGUGCAGUUCAAGUUCCCUCCUCCCGGUAUCUUGUCCGGUAUCAAGUCCAACACCCGCUCCAUCCUCCGCAUGACCGACUGCUCCUACACCUACCCGGGAGCCAGCAAGCCGUCGCUUACGGGCGCCUCGCUGUCGUUGACCCUCUCUUCCCGGGUCGCCAUCAUCGGUGGUAACGGUGCGGGUAAGUCGACCUUCAUCAAGAUGCUGACGGGUGAAACCAUCCCGCAAACCGGCAAGGUCGAGAAGCACCCCAACCUGCGUAUCGGUUACAUCAAGCAGCACGCUCUGGAGCACGUGGAGAUGCACUUGGAGAAGACCCCCAGCCAGUAUCUGCAGUGGCGGUACGCCAACGGUGAUGACCGUGAAGUGCACUUGAAGCAGACCCGCAUUCUCACCGAGCAGGACAAGGCGCAGCUGGAGAAGCCUGUGGAUCUGGGUGAUGGCCGGGGACCUCGCCGCAUCGAGGCGCUGAUGGGUCGUCAGAAAUGGAAGAAGUCCUUCCAGUAUGAAGUGAAAUGGGUCGGCCUUCUUCCCAAGCACAACACCAUGAUUUCCCGUGAGACUCUGACGGAGCUGGGAUUUGCCAAGUUGGUGCAGGAGUUCGACGAUCACGAGGCAUCCCGUGAGGGUCUCGGCUUCCGUGUUCUCGAGCCCAAGAUCAUCGCCAAGCACUUCGAGGAUGUCGGUCUGGAUCCCGAGAUCGCCGCUCACAACCAGAUCUCCGGCCUUUCUGGUGGUCAGAAGGUCAAGGUGGUGCUGGCUGGAGCCAUGUGGAACAACCCCCAUUUGCUGGUCCUGGACGAGCCUACCAACUUCUUGGAUCGAGACUCCCUGGGUGGUCUGGCGGUGGCUAUCCGCGACUUCAAAGGUGGUGUGGUCAUGAUCUCUCACAACGAGGAGUUUGUGGGUGCCCUGUGCCCUGAACAGCUGCACAUCGCCGACGGUCGUAUUGUGGGCCGCACCAACAAUGCUGUCGCCCUGGAUCGGUUCGAGGACAGUGCGACCAACUCGCCCCAGCCCGGCAGCACGGCGGCCAACUCGGCCACGACCAGUGCGGCGGCCUCCGCGGUGAACUCGGGGGCAGAAGAAGGCGAGCUGAAGUUCAAGGCACGCAAGAAGAAGAAGAUGACCCGUGCGCAGCUCAAGGAGCGUGAGGCGCGUCGUCGUCUGCGUCACUUGGAGUGGCUGCAAAGUCCUAAGGGUACUCCCAAGCCUCCGGACACGGACGAUGAGGAGUAAACCGUGAAUGACCGCGAUGACUGCUGGAUUGGCUUAUAGACCUUUUUGCUUGCUUGAUGACUGUUAAUGAGUAUAUAGAGCUGUAGACUUGAUUCUCAGCAUAGAGCACCUAUCGAUUGGU